UAUUUUCCUAUUAUAUACAAGAUGAAAUUCGUUGAUUAUUUAUUAAGUUUCGUUCUUCUAAGUGAAAUUGAAACUAUCAGAGGUUUGAACAUUACUGCAGAAGUUCUGAACAAAACACGAAGGAUUCUCAGAGGUUCCGAAGCUGGAGAUUCAAAACCAUUUAUGGUAUAUUUAAGGCCAGCGCGGGACGCGGAGAAUGCAGUAGUCGAUCGCAACUGGUUGUGUGGUGGUGUCAUCAUACAUGAGAACUACAUUCUGACCUCCGCCGCAUGCAUUGAAAAUAUAGGACACUUCUACGUCGUCUCCGGUACACACAGAUGGAUCCCGCCCGGUAUCCAAGACGAUUGUAUUACGAAUGGUGCAAUGAAAGCGGUCUGGAAAUGCGUACCUGCCAAUUACGAAUACGAUGGUGAUCAAUUCGAGAACAUUCGAUGGAUGAUCAACGACAUAGCGGUGGUGAAAGUGGAGGACAGGUUCAACUUCCAGCGACGUGUUGUCGGCUGUGACUACGUACCAAAGAAGAUACAGUUUAACAACAAAAGUAUUGACUUAGAAGCCCCAGGGACUAUCGGGACUCUUGCUGGAUGGGGGUCACAAAAUCACUUUGGAGAUCCUAUAGAGGCUCUGGAAAGACAAACAAUCAACUCGCCAGUGCUUAUGGAGACGAACACAGUACUGCUAGGCAAAAUUCACUGCAAGCGACGUUGGCCGGAGCGAUACCACUACAUCAUCGAGAAAUCCAUGAUCUGUGCCAAAGACACCGUCAGUGGAGGAGAACUCGCCGGUCUUUGUAACGAUAAAGUAAAAUGCAAGGAACUGAUAGACUCUCAGGAAGAUUAUGGCAUAAGAAGAUCGGUUCAGAUAGGAGAAAGCGAGGUGCACAAUGCUGCACAUUCCGACUCCACUGGACACAGGAGAGCUAAGAUAUCUACAGGGGGAUUCUGUGAGAACGACCACGGCGGCCCCCUGGUUGUGGGUCACGGCAACAGCGCGACAGUGGUGGGCAUCAUCUCCGCCUGCCUCACCACCAACCUCACGCGCAAGUGCUACGGCCCCUUCCUCUACACCAGCGUGUACAACAACCAUCUCAUGAUCACGUGCGCUGUUGAUAAGGAAAUCUCACCUGCUUGUCGGAGUUAUGUAUUCAGAGCUACGAAUACGAAAAUGGUUGAAACGACAUAUUCCUGGAUUGGACAUCCUGAUGGUCCGGCAAAGUCUGAGCUUGUGACAAAAAUAAGAAGAGAAACAAAUGAAAACAUAGAAAAUCUUAGUGAAAAAGAGUUCCUUAAUUAAAAAAAAAUAUUUUACAGAACCAAAAACAUUUCCGCUUG